GGUAAAAGCAGUUUGUUCCAUCUUUCUAGACGAGUACUCAUCCUUGUUUACGGUUUGAGGCAACCUGAGCAGCCGCCACAUAUUACAUCAGAGGCAAUUAAAAGUGCUCAUCAAGAUCAAAGAUGCGCCUAGACUGCCCGCAUCGACGCACGUCCAAAUGCGAUGAAGGGUAUUUUUUUUCGGUUUUGCUCUGUGAGAUUUCCCCCCCUUGUUCCGUCCGGUGAAAUCAUACCAAAGUGAACAUGUGAAGUUCAGAAUUAAGGUGUUUGACAAACAAUAGACGGAAAUGCCUUGCAGUGCAUGUCAGAUAUCCGUCCGUGCUUAGCCGCGAUAACCGCACAGAAAUCGUGUAUUUUCUUACUGCACCUAACCCAGGGCGCAACGCUCCAGCCCACUGAAAAAAAAGAAAAGAAAAAAUUCGAUCCCCGAAGUCAGGCAAGGUUUUGCCUACCUACCUUAGGUACCUGCUGUGCUUGUCCCCGCGCCUGGCUGUCAGGGCAGAGCGGGCAAUCGCCCCCAAGCUGCUUUCGGGCUUGACACUGGCUUUUGAGUGGGGUGUCGAUCCCGUCAUCAUGCAUCAUUAAACUUUGGUCUUGUUUUGUUUUCCACUCCAUUUGACGCUUGACGCGUCCACGGCAAUAUCGGAUUGCCUGCCUGUUCAGCUUCUUUUGUUUCUUUCACUCCAUCAUACUGGUUUUUUUUUGUCCGGUCGCUCCACAAUCCUUCGGCGAUAUUGUCAGUAGCGCUACCUAAUCUUUUCAACAAUCGGAUUCGCGGCUCUCCAAGGGCAUUGAAUCCUGCCCAUCCUGCCCACUUUAGGGUACCUCGUGUUUAGUUGCCGUUGUUCCCCCCUUGCGGUCCGGUGAGAGAGAUAGUGCACACCCCCCCUCCUUUGACCGUGCUCCUUCGUCUUCCUGCCCACGAACCGGAGUCAAAGGUUACCAAAAGGAGCUUGGAUUGCGAUAUUAGUGCCCAGCCUUGCUUGUAUUUGGUCUACAAACGGACUUGGCAUAUCGACGCUACCUAUUCCUUGUCGACCAACCACAGCCUAGACGGGCAGAUCCCCAUGCGAGCGGCGCUACCCGCAUUUUUCCUGCUUCUCGACUUGGGUUUGGCCAUAUCCAUCAUGGCAGAAAACCGAUAUAUUUUUGGUGGUGACAAACCAUGGGACGAGGCCGGGUUCACCGCCGUCGACGAUCGUGUCCGCGGAGGCAGUUCAGUCUCGCACUUGGUCGUCAACGCCGACCGCACGGCUGCUACCUUCAACGGCACUCUCGACACCAAGACCCUUGGUGGCGCGGGCUUCGCUUCUCAGCGCACGGUUGACCCCUUUCUAGUAGAUCUAACCGGCGUUGGUGCCUUGAUUGCAGAUGUCGUGGUUCCUACCGACAAUAAGACGUAUACUCUUACGCUAAAAGACGAGAUUCUGCCUACCCGACCGGAUGGUCGGGAGCAGAGCACCGUUAGCUGGGAGUAUGACUUCGUCGCGCUGGGAGAUGGCGACAAGGCGGGCGAGACGAAGCAAGUAAAGAUGCCAAUUGACCAAUUCAAGCCCACUUACAGAGGCCGUCCGGUAGAAGAUGCGAAAUUGGAUCUGGCCAACAUCAAGCGGAUCUCGUUUAUGAUGAGAAGCUUUUUCGAAAAGCAGGAGGGCGAUUUCAGCCUAACCAUCAAGUCACUCGCUGCGUCCCAAUUCGUACAGAGUGAGAGUCCUGCUCGAAUUAGCGAGGCCAUCUCAGACGAUGGCGACUUGAAAGUUCAGGCAAACCAGGCCCGGUCCGCGGAGAAAGAGGUGCCGGCCUGGCGCCGUUGGCUCUGCAACUGGUAGGCAAGUAUUGCACGAUAGGCUGGGGCAUCAUUCAAGUAGUGUUUGUGGCGUUUGUAGUUGCUAGGCCAGGCGCGCACGACCAGAGGGCUUUAAGGUGAAAACGGAAUGAGAAUUCCCAACUCUUCUUGGGUUUGGUUACGGUAGAGUAACAACCGGCAACGGUUUCUAGACACGACUUUGAGGUCGGAAAGGACACCUGAUUUAAUGAAACAAGUUUAUCUGGGUAUCACAAGUAACAAUUCAAAAGUAAAACAUGACCAGCCAAACGUGAGUUAUUCCUCUUGGUCCGAGUCGUAGCUCACCAAGGCAGGCGAUGCCGCCCUGGCCAACACUUGUUGGUGUGGCUUUGAUGAAGGCGCUGAAAUUCUGGCAACUUCUUCAAUGCUAGGAUCUGCGAGACGAUCCCGCUUUCGCUUGAGUCCAGGUAUUGUAUGUUGUCUUUUUGAUUUCUCACUCCAAAGGCCUUCCAAGAAUGGAUCCUUGGCCGUCCUCUGGUUCAUGGCGAUGGCGCCAAUGAGACCGUCUCGUGUCUUUUCUUUGGAAAUCUCGGCCUUGAGCAUCCGAGAUUUCUCCCUUCGUGAUGUCUCAGCCGUAUCAGCAAUUCUGCCUUUCUCUUUGGGCUUGGAGGACUGUGCUGGGCUUGCGGAACGUCCUGAGUCUCCGAAGAGCGGCUUGCUCAUGGCCAGUUCAGCGGCGUCCCGGGCCCCGUCGCGGGCUCCGUCCGUACUGCCAUAAUCCAUCAGAGCGGCCAGUCGCCUGUCGUAAUCGGUCUCCGGACCAAGAACAACCUGGUCCCCCAGGCUCAUCUUGUCCUUCAGAGCUUCGUCGCUGGUGGCCAUUGCUUCCCGUUCCUUGCGCUCUGCCCGGAAUGCCUUUCUCAGUUCCGAGUUGCGCGAAUACGGGUCGUCCCAAGCCCGAGCUGACACGUCAACCAGCUCCUCGACGCGGCUCGUUGAGCGGGCGAGGGCCGCCCUGUCUGCAAUAGUCUUUUCCAGCUUUGCAAAGGCGGCCUCCCUAGCCUUCUCAUCCUUGACCUCACCCCUAGCCUCGUCGAUGGACGCCAGGCUCGCCCUCGCUAGAUCCGCCGCUGAUAUAAGACUCUCGCCCUCCUGAC